AUGUCGACAUAUCGACUAUCACAAUGUUUGCUAUCUUCAAAGGUCAAUAUACUUGAUGGUGUCUUCGAAACCGGGAUCGCAGGCAUAUUCAGCUUCGUGAUCUUACUCUGGAACGAACUAAGAGCCGAAAUGACCGUUGCCAGAGUCUUGCCCGCCAAACGAGCAGUGGUCGUCCACGGUGUUGAAUUGACAACUCUGAGCCAUUCAGUCCCUCGCCUGUUCCUCUUCUUCCAACUUUUCACUUGCUUCCAGCUCUUGAGCACUGCGACGGGACGCAGUCGUAGCCCAGUGGGGUCGUCCCGCAUCAACCACCGAGAAUCAACAAUGGGUGCAGGCCAGUCGAAUGAGCAUCGUGCAUCAUCCCCAGAGGAGUUGAGCUCCGUGCUCGCCGAGCGCUUUGCGACAAAAUGCUUUACGCCAUUAGAGCUCACGCAUUUCAAAGACAACUUCUUCUCUCGGGCGUUAGAGCAGGGAGGCCUGCGGUACUGGAAUGAGAAAGUCUUGUCAGACUUCCUUGGCAUCCCGGAUGGCAUCUCCUUUCCAUUCCAAAACACGCUCGCACCCAGCGUGUUGACAUUUGAGGCCAUGGUUAAGGUCGUUGUGCUCUUGACUGAGCGCUACGGGAAAGCGCUGAAGCGGGGAGACAAGGAUCGGAUCAAGUUACUCUUUGGCAGUCUGGGUGAUGUGGGGAGGAAGAUCCCCGCGGAGUCCAACAGAGAAUCUACCACUGAGGACUCCGAAACUUUGGUUGGACAUUCCCAUGCGCCGGGCUUCUCCGUAGAUGAACCGGCCAACGAUGAGUACGAUGAAGAUGAGGAUGAUGACCUUGCACUUGCAGCACUGGAGUCUCUUGAUGCGAUCGAAGUAUUCAAACACGAUCACCGGGUUGACAAGACCGUUUAUGAGACCCGGAUUUCUAUCGAUACGUUCCGCCGGUUGCUUAUGCUACUGCUUGUCAUUGCACCACUGAAGCCACUAGAGUCUUUGAAGGUAUACACAACUGGACUGGAUGCUCGGCGUAUGGAAUCGGUCAAGAAAGAAGCAGACAGUAUUAUUGCAGCCUUUUCACCGGCAGAAAGCGAUGAUGGCAUAUCUUACAAGGCUUUUGCCCGAACGAUAUCAUUGUCUCUGCCAUAUCUGUUCGAUCCGCUGACUGCCCUUUUCGAGCACAUGCUUUUCAGCAAAAAUCUGAACCUAUCUCAACGCCGCCAUAAGGGUCCAGCAACAGAAACCGAACAGGAGGAGAGCGAGAAUGAGAACGAGGAGAACAAGGAACCUCCUUUACCACCACCGGCCUCACUUACACUCCCAGGAAGUUUCAAGUCGGCCAUCUUAAAUCCAACACUCACCUCGCAUCUUUCAUUCUUCCUCCCAUCCAUAUCACCCGAUAUCAAUAUCCUCCGGAGCAGCGUCAAACUACAUCCCGUCUUCUCCACCGCCGCCCACGGGUCUUCCUUAACAUAUUUCUCCCACCACGUCCUUACCUGGCAAUCUGCCACUCUCCUCAUCCUGCAAGGGUCUCUUGCAGACUCAGCCAGCGAAGAGUUAAUAACACUAGGCGCCUACAUUCCCCAACCGUGGAAAACAUCCACAUCGACCUCAAGCUCAUCUUCAAAAACAUCCGACCUCCUCCCCUGUCUCUUCCAACUAUCCCCAAAACACCUCCUCCUUCCAGGCAACCCUUCUUCAUCCGCAAAGAAGCCCAACACCCCAACAGCCUAUUUCUCAACCAACACGGGCAUUGCAAUCGGCUGCCAAAUUCCCGCCCCGUCCCGCACACACCAGACAUACCCGACACCACACGGAGCAGGCAGUCUUAUCAUCGACUCGAACAUAGAAACAGCCGAGUUUCACGCUGCGCCCGUGGGACACGACGGCGUCUUCCUACCUGCUGCCAAUGCAUCCCCGAAGACCCGCCGACAAAGCUCAAGCUCGAUCUACCCGAACUUGAGUCCUGUGGAGAUGCAGCGUGCAAAGUGGGAAUUCGAGGCAAGGGAGGCUGAGCGCCGUCGUAAUAUCAAUAUCAAGGCUGGGGCUGGGGAUUCGGCCGCCGAGAGUGCGAGGUGGCUUUUGGAGACGGCCGGUAUUAUUGGGGAUGACGCGAGAUAUGUCGGCGGGAGAGGUUAA